AUGCAGGAGAGCCAGGAGAAUUGGAAUGAAGAGGAGUUUGGUGACUUAAGAAGUUCCAAGAGUAGCUCGCUUUCGGAUACAACAGAAAUUGCAGAAGAUGCUAGUGAAGCUGUCAGAAAUUGGAAAGAAAGACGUAGAUUAGAGAUUGAGGAGAGAGAUAGAUCUGACGCAGAGAUUAAGGAAAGACUCCAGGAAGAAGCUGUCAAACAUAUAGAUGAUUUUUACGAAAUCUACAACAAGAAAAAAGAGCAGCAAUUAGAGCAGUCCAAGAAAGAUGCAGAGGCUUUCUUAAAAGAAAGAGAAGAAUUCUUCAAUCAAGAUAAUACUGUCUGGGAUAGAGUAAUGCAAUUGAUAAAUGUUGAUGAUGCUGAUGUUGUUGGUGAUCGUGACAGAUCCAAAUUCAAGGAUAUUCUACUAAGGCUGCAAGGUAAUCAAGAUGCCCCCGGUGUCAUCAGUAAAGAAGCUUAA